GAAUCAAAACUAUUUGCUGAAGGUAACCUACCUAAGCUAUUGAUUUUUUUUGCGCAAAGCCUUUACCUAUAGUGUCUCAGAUAAUAUUUUCGUUUCUAGCGUUUCGACUAAGAAAAUUUGAUGUCUUACUUGUGGACUCGAUGGUAGAUGGUUGCGAUUUGUAGAUUGUCAUUUGCCUUCACAAACUGGCAUCUGUAUAUUCAAAAAACCCAUGUCUUUUCCUGUUUCCGCGAUUAAAUUGUUAGGACAUCUUACGGUUUUUUCAGUCUCAUCCCGUUAAGAAUCUUAUUCAUUCUGGCGUUGGAUCGAUGGCCACUGCUGCUCUGGCUCCAGUGGCUGCUCGUCCACCUUCCAGGUCAGAUCAACAACAUAAUGGAAAUAUCCAAGAACCUAAUCGACCUUUACGUUGGAGAGUGAUUGACGACCAACCACAUGUUGGAAAAUACAGGUUUAUACGAACUAUAGGCAAGGGGAAUUUUGCCAAAGUCAAAUUAGCGAGUCAUGUUAUUACGGGACAACAAGUCGCUAUCAAAAUUAUUGAUAAAACCCAGUUAAGUCCUUCAAGCCGUCAAAAGCUUUUCCGAGAAGUUAGACUGAUGAAAUUGCUGGACCAUCCAAACAUCGUAAAACUAUUUGAAAUUAUUGACAACGAUAAGAUUUUAUAUUUGGUAAUGGAAUAUGCCAGUGGUGGUGAGGUUUUUGAUUAUUUGGUUGCUCAUGGAAGAAUGAAAGAAAAAGAAGCACGGGCUAAAUUCCGUCAAAUUGUUUCUGCUGUUCAGUACUGUCAUCAAAAACAUAUUAUUCACAGAGAUUUAAAAGCCGAAAAUCUCCUUCUUGAUGCCGAUAUGAACAUAAAACUGGCUGAUUUUGGCUUCUCUAAUGAAUUUAGUCCAGGCACGAAAUUAGAUACUUUUUGUGGAAGUCCUCCUUAUGCAGCCCCAGAACUAUUCCAAGGUAAGAAAUAUGAUGGUCCCGAAGUUGAUGUGUGGUCGUUGGGUGUUAUUUUGUACACAUUAGUCAGUGGGUCACUUCCUUUCGAUGGUCAGACACUUAGAGAAUUGCGUGAACGUGUUCUACGUGGCAAGUAUCGCAUCCCGUUCUACAUGUCAACAGACUGCGAAAGUUUGUUGAAGAAAAUGUUGGUCCUUAAUCCAAGUAAACGAUACACUUUAGAGAUGGUGAUGAAAGAUCGUUGGAUGAAUACUGGUUAUGAAGAUAAUGUAUUGUCACCGUACAUAGAACCCGAACCAGAUUACACUGAUCCUGUACGUAUUGAGAUUAUGGUCAAUAUGGGCUUCAGUCGUGACGAAAUAGAGAAGUCUUUAACUCAAGGAAACUUUGACGACAUAAUGGCUACUUAUCUCCUCCUUGAUAGAAGACGUUCUUCACUUGAUACAAGUUCACGUGAUGGUUCAAGUCUUUCUUUAAGGCAAAGUACUCAUUUACUUUCUGCUACAUCAAAUCCUGCAGCUAGUCCACUAAUCUCAACUGGUGGUGUUAAUUGUGCGAGUGUGGAACAUACCUCAAAUAUUUGCCCAGACGAUACGUUGUCUGUUUUACCUACAAAUGCUGAUACUGGACCAAUAAAUCAAAACGCACAUUCAAGCUCCAAAUUUACGGUCAAUUCUGGAAGUGCCACUCGUUCUACAAGUACAACACCACCUAGUACAGUAACGGUAGUCAAUAAUGGUGCCAAUAACAAGCCAGCUGUGAAUAUAAUCACUCCUUCAUCUUGCACUUCUGGGUCGGAAAGUUCAGGAACUACAGGUACCAGUACAAUAACUCCCAUUUCACAUGUCAGUUUGGCAUCUACAAAUACAUAUUCAUCUUCAAGUGGAAACGCGAACGUGAAUUACAAUACAGCCCUUAAUGCAAUUGAAGCAUCAUGUCCUUCUAGUAAUGUUGAAUCAAUUAAGUUGAUGCGGAAUGACCUUGUUCGUGCUUCAGAUCGUCCUGGUAGAGAAGAAUCUAGCCGGAUUUUGGCACGAUUACGAGGCUUUACUGAUGAAAUGGCCACUCCAGUUGUUGGUGGGGGUGGGCUUACAGCUUAUCCAAAUGUUCCAGGCCAACGAACAAGUAUUGAUGCAGGUACCAGCACAGUUCGUCCAACUACUGCCGGCCAGAGAAAACCCAUUCCUAUCACUUCACAAGCUCUGGGUGCAAACACGAAAUCAUCACCAAACUCCAACUCAGCUAUGGCACGCCGUACUCAUACUAUGAAUUAUGGGACAACAACCCCAACAUCUGGAGAUCAACAACAUUCUGUUAGGCGCCAACCGAUCAAUACAAAUGCAAGUGGACGCAAUACAUAUGUAUUUGAUAAUGCUAAUCCUAGGAACUCAGUCGCUCUUUCUGGUAUCACUGGUCUUUCUAGCGGAUCUGCUUUAUCGCCUUCGUCUGAUAAAUCUACAUCUGGGUCAUCAAGCGGAAGUGGUAACAAUCAAGUUACAACCAAUGGUGCUGGAAGAUUACCAUCUCAUGAAAUUCGAAGCCAUGUUACUCCUGCACUUGUUCCUAUGACUACGCGUACUAACAAAGUACAUCAUGGUGCCAAUAUAUCUAGUGGUACUGGUGGUGCUUAUCAUGCAGGUUUAUUAUUGGAAAGAUCUGCAACGUUGAAUACUGCAGGUCCUGGUACUAGUGGUAAUGGAACUUCAUCAAAUCAAUGUGCUUCUUCCACACGUGGAAGUGAUGUAGUUGGAGCUGGAGAAUUACAUCGUAACCAACCUUGUGCCAAUAUUGUCAAUCGAAGCGGAGUGGGUACGUCAACUAACCAGGCGGGUUGUAACGCUACCUCUGUUGCUGCACGUCGUGUAGUUACAAAUACCAAUAAUAACACGUCUUCUGGAUUUAACAAUGGUAUAGGAACUAUCUUAGAGACUACACCUUUCCCUAGGCUUACACCAGAACGUAGAACUAUUCAUUCAACAAAUUCACCAAACAUAGACUUUGAUUUCGAUACAAAUAAUCAAAAUUCUAACAACACAGUCGCUGCUCGUUGUAUUAAUGUUUCACUUGCUGGUGCUGGGGCUACAAAUAGUAGUGGUAUGACUCACUUAACUCCUUCUGGCACUGGUCUUACCUUCUUCAAGGCACUUACUUCCAAAAUCGGCCGACGUGGACCUAAUAGUGGUGCAAUGGGCAAUAUGUCUCAGGCACUUACUGGUGGCACUGAUAUUUCACAUGUUCCAUUCUCAACGGCGGAUUCUAAUAUUGGAGCUUCCACAACCAGCUCGGGAUCAGGUUAUCUACCUGGAGAUUCAGUUUUUUCUGACUCCAGUGUACAUGGCGCAUACACCGAACCUGUUAGCCAGUUAACACCUGGAGGAAGCUCUGCUGGUUCUCCUGUUCCUCAAGGCGGGAAUCAAACUGUUCCUCAUACUGACGAUAAUGUUAAUGAUCAAACGAAACCACGAAGUUUACGUUUCACUUGGUCUAUGAAAACAACCAGUAGCAUGUGCCCGGAUAACAUGAUUAAAGAAAUCAAGAAGGUCCUCACAGCCAAUAAUUGCGAAUAUGAUCAACGUGAAAGAUACCUUCUCAUAUGUGAGCAUGGAGAUCCAAGCACAGAUGCGAAUGUUCAGUGGGAAAUGGAAGUUUGUAAACUUCCUCGUUUGUCUCUAAAUGGAGUUCGCUUUAAAAGAAUUUCAGGAACUUCUAUUGGAUUUAAAAGCAUCGCUUCCCAGAUCGCUAAUGACCUCAAACUUUAAUCAAUAACACUUUCGUUUGCAUACUGAUCUGUUUUAUAUCCCACUUCAAAUGAAGUUAUUUACUUUUCUGUAUACUUGAAGUGCCAGAUUACAACUAUGACUGUGAAAGAUCUUGGAUAAUAUCAAUACAUGCUCAACGGUAUAGUUUUUAUGCAGUACCUCUCGUUUUUUUCAAAAUACUAUGCUGGGUCAUAAUAUCUUUGUUUCGAUACAGCCCACAAUGACAUGUUUUUCGUGAUUUCAAGUGUGUUCUUUGUCUGUAUGCGUUUCACAUAUACGCAUUUGUACAGGCCUAAUGAUCACUUUACAUGUGUGUAAAUCUUUUCUGUCAGAUCAUCUACAUUGUCUAAUUUGUAUUGUAGUGGUUAUUUCCGACCAAAUUUUAUUCAGACAUGUUUGUACUUUCCAAUUCUUUCUUUAUUAUUUCCUAUAUAUUCACUCCACUCAACAGCAUCAUUCGUUCUUAAACUUCUGAUAAUGUCCUCAGGAUUCCUUAUCUGCACUUUUCUGUUAACAUCUCUAAUGAAAUAUCUAAGCACACUUGUUUAUGUCAUCUAAGUAGAUUAUGACCAUCCCUGUUUCACUUAUAUGUAUUUUUGUAUUUCUAACUGUCCCGGGUGUUUCAUUUUUGUUCGUUAAUUUUAUGUCUACCAAAUUGAGCUAUGGAAAUUUAUGUAAGUUAUUUCUUAGUCUUUAGUGUAGUACCUAUGUAUUCGUAUAGUAUUGUUUUUCAUUCCUUCAAAAUGAUCUCUUCUGUUAAUCUCACUACAUCUUUUCUUCUCAUUUAUCGUGCAGUCGUGUCACCUUAUUUGAAAAGUAGCAAUUUGUCGGUUUUAUUUUUUCAGUCUGUUAUCAUCCUCAUAACACUAUUUUCUCCUGAGGGUCGUCUAUCUCUACACUUUCAAUACUUCACAAUAAAAUACAAUAUAAGCCUUUCCUAUUGAUGCUCUGUUCCUUUCUGAAAGUGGAUCUAAGAAUGCACAGUAACUAAAAUUAUUACUUUUUUGCCUUUUACAAUGCAUGCGCCAUCGCCUGUGUACACCGUUGAUAAUUCCUAAGGAAGCCAUAUAAAACGAUUGUGUAAGUUACGUAUCAAAUGUUUCAUUUUUGCCUUCGGGAAUGAUAUCAGUGUAAUUACUAGAUAUUUACAUUCUGUUCCAAAUUGAUUUUUCUUCUUCUUUCGUUUAGUUUACCAUAUUCCUCACCAAUAUUCAAUGUCAUAUAUAUUCUGUGAAUAGAUUUAUUGCGUUCAAUUAGUAACAUCCUUAAUUAUUGUUAUUAUUAAUGAUGGUCUGUUCUUAUUGUUUCUGAAUCUCGCUGUUAAUAGUAGUAUUAAUAAUAAUACACAUGACUAAGUAACUGAACACAUUUCAAUCUAUUUGAACUCUAACAUAUACUCUUCCUUUCAAGUGCGUUUUCCCAAAUGUACAAACCCUAUACACACAAAAAUUUGUUUCAAUGUUUAUAUUUUGUUAACUUCCUUCUUUCAUCUUUUGUUCGCCUCGUUUUUUCUUUAUAUUAUUAUGUAUGUUUUCGAUUUGUGAUAGGGUGAUUCAAUUUAAUUCUUUGAAUACGUUCUGUCCUAGAUGUUUAUUCUAAUGCAGGUUUCACCUUUAUUUCGUUAUCCAAUGCAGUUUAAAAGAUAUUUUAAUUUUCUGAAGUAUUGACAAUUAUUUUAAAUUCAUGCGGAAGUUACUUUGUGAUAUUGUUGCUGUUCUCUUUUACAAAAUUAUGAGUUAUCUUUUCUGUCAUGAAACCUAGUUCCAUAAUGUGGUGUGAUUUAUUUCAUACGUGGUUAUACACUUUUCUCACCUGCACUGUUUGUUAUCUCGUGUAUCUGUGUAUAUUAGUAACUUACGGUAAAACUUAUUGCGCUAACUGUUCUUAUGGCGGAUGAUACAAAUAACAAUGAUGGGUUUUCGCCGGUGACUUCUUGCGAAAAGGAUAAAAAGUAGCUUGUCUUCUUUAAUCUUCGUACUGCUAUGUUUCACCAUUUCUAUUUUGCUUUUCCUUAAUUAAAUGUACCCUCUACAAAUUGUGUGCAAAAUUCAUUAUACCUUGGUAAGGAGAAAAAUCGGUUUCAUUUACUUAUGAUUAACAUUAUGAAAAACUUUUAUACGUAAUAGAUUAUCUCUUCUAUAUCAUGCAUACAUUUAAGUUGUUACAUCCAAAUGUUCGCUUAUUCACUAUCUUUCGUCUCUCUUAAAUCGUUUGUGUCCCUCAUUUAGUUCAAAGGAGUUGUUUUUCCAACUUCAUCUUGUAUACCUUCUUUUAAAGGCUACAUUGACUUUACACACAUGCAAACGUACGUAUAUGUGUAUGAAUCAUGUCUAACCUUAUAUAUAUAUAUAUAUCCUAACGUAUUUAUUGAGAUUCUACAGCCACGUGAUCAUUUCAAUGCACUCGACUGUGUAGAAUUCCCACUACAGACAAAUGAAACUAGUGUUUAGCAAAUUGACUUUUUUCAUAUUUUAUUUUUUUGUUAGUAGUUCACUGAGUUGUACCUGCUCAUUUUUAUAGUCAUGUUGAUGAUGACGAUAUUGACCAUCCCGUUUUUAUUACGGUUUUGGACGCUACUAACUCAAAAGUACGCUUAAUGUCUUAUUAAUAAGUGAAUAAAUUACUAGCAUAAUAGCGAAACUUUAGGUGACGUCUCUACUUUUGACACCUUAAGCUAUCUUUAUGCGGUUAUUAAAAGGCGAUCAAUGAUGGUGAUCCGACUUGCACUAAAGUAACCAUUGCACAGCAAAGAUUAGCUUAUUAUAACUUAUAGGGCAAUUUUUAAAAAAAUUCUAAGCCUAGUCCAUUUGACAGCUAAAAAGAAAAUAGUUAUUCAAUAAGCUAACUAUCAGAAGUAUUUCUUGAAACCAGUUGUCCAAGUAUGUAAAUCAAAUUCUUGAUGACAUUUAGAAUUACCGACAUCAUUUAUGAUGUCCCAGAUAUGACCUACCAAUCCCUAUAUCCGUUAUGAUAGGUCUUUCUAACUCAGAACUUAUCAUCGCUUCAAUCAUAGAACAAAUGCUUUGACGAAGAAAAAUUUCGAUCAUACACUGCUUAAAACGACAUUUUACACUCUAAUGCAAAGUAUAGAUGAGUCAUGUAGCUUCUGUUUAUAUAACAUUUGUUUUUCGUAUUAGGUAUCAUGAGGUAUUCUUGAUAUUGAAGUCACCUAUAUUCCACUUACAGUGUAUAUUUUGUAUCAGUUUUCAGUAUAACGUAAGUCUACAAAAUCUUGGGAGUUUUUGUGUGAUAAUUAGCAAGAAGAAUUCACCAUUCUAGUCGUUCCAAACAAGUAAUUUAUGAUUCGGAGGAUCAAAUAAAAACGGGUUAUAAGCUAUGGCUGCGAAUUCAGUAGUCUAGGAAAAUUUGUUUCCUACAACUGUUUGACAUAAUUCAUCCAAGUGCAAAGUUAAUUCCAUUCACGGGAAACUUUAUGAAACUGUAUUUCGAUUGCUAUUAUGUUAAAAUCCAAAUAACGUCUUUCUAAUAUAGGUUAAUAACACUAGAUGUUUAUUGCAAGUUCAGCUCCUUUCUGACUUCAUAGUUUACUUUUUUCCACCAUAAAACUGUAUAAGGUUGUAAAGUAGGAUUAAAUAAAACAACUUAAACUAAAGGAAAUGAGGUAUUGCUUUUUUGGAUUUCUUUAAAAAAAGGUCGAAUAGUGUCAUUUUCCAAUGGAAUUUAUGUUCGUUUUCUACAUUUAACUUAUGAAUAACAGUUCAUCUACGUAAAUAAAAUAGCGCACUUUCCAAGACGUUUUUGCUUUGUCCAACUAAUAUUUCGCGUUUGAUUUCAAACUACUGAUUUGUUUGAUUUUCUUACCUAACCUUAUGGACGACUGUAGCCUGUCAGUCAACUAUCUCAGUGCAGUUAGUAGAUACUGUCCAUUGCCCAGGUACGACAGCUAACAGAUGUUAACUUUUCGAUCAUUCUAACUUCAGGAUCGUUUUUAUAUAUACAUACUUAGUAAUCCCAGUAUAAAAAAUAUACUGCAUAUAAAAUUCAUAUUUUUCUACUAACCUCACAUUCCCAACGAAAUAUAGUUGAGAAUAAAAGUUCCAAUAUGUCAACAAUUUACAGAACCCAGUUAUACGUAUGUAAAAAGAAAUGAAAGACCAGAUUUAUCACCGAAAAUUCCCACGACAUUAUCAAAAUGAUGUAGGUAGGGGAAUUUAUUAAUGGAUAUUUUCCCUUUGAGUAAUAGAAUGAUUUCAGCACAACAUUCGUCUAUGCAGUCACUCAGUUGAUGUUAUUUCGCGACGAAACAUUUUAAAUAUUUAUUGAAAAACCAACCAUCUUGUUCGUUAAACAAUAUCUAUUCACAGAAUACAAAAGAAAAUCUGAUAGAAUAACAGCAUUUAUCUUCGCAUACACUAAAAUUCCUAUCCAGACCCAGGUGACACUAAUCGCUUAAGUCAAAAACCUAUCCAAGGUGGAACUUGUGACGUCUAAGUUCUGUAGUAGCGACACAAGUUUUCUUCGUGUCUUCUGGUCAUUAGUCUUUAUUUAUCCUAUCGAGUAAGUUUAAACUAAUCGGUCGUCUCUUGCUUAUUGUAUCCAUCUAACGUUGAUUUUAGCUGAGUGGGAAAAAAAUACAUAGUCAAGUUGCAUGAUGGCUAGAAAUAUAUCUCUCAUUCAUAUGGAUGUCACAGUAUACUUAAACGGAUAUACCUUAUUAAUGUAUUACGAAAAUGUAUGUAUUCCUCCUAAUUAAAUGCUGACAAGGUGAUUACGCAAAAUAAUGUGUAUCAUUGUUGUAUUUUGUUCGAUUGCCUUUAUCCGUUACAGUGAUCCUUCUGAUCACAAAGAACAAAUUUUUGUUACAGGAAGAGCAUAUUCCGUUGUUGGUAAAAUCUUGUUCAUAUAUACUUUAUAAAUAAAAACUG